GGAGUUAAACGACCUUCUUCAUAUGGUGGAGACCACUGAUCCCACGCCAUAUAAUAAAUAUACUGAGCCAUAUAAUAAAUAUACUGAUGAACAGGGAAGUCGUCUGGUAGACAAAAUCCUGAA